AUGUCUAGUGGCGAAAGUGUAUCAAGAGGUCAGAAAAGACGGAGAGAAGACAGAUCUGCUCAGGAAAGUCUUUCUCUUUCUAGUAUUAAAAAUUAUUUUGACAAAAAGUUUGAAGAUAUCCAAACAAAGUUUGAAAAGGAUAAUCACAAACUAGCAAAGAAAUUCAAAAAGGAACCAGAACUUUCUUUUAAGUUUAAGGGGAACAAAAAACAAUACGAGUUUAAUGAAUCUAUUCGACGUGACCUUGAGACGUUGGGAGAUCUGAUAAGACAAGGCUCAAAGCACAGAUCUACAAAAAUGUUACAGGAGAUAGGUGGAGUACCGUCGACGAAUACAUCUCAGAUGACCUGGCUAGCGACUCCGCAGACGAGCGAAAAAUUAAAGCUGCUGAAAAUCGUGCCAUCAGAAAAAAGCAAAACACAUUUAAUCGCACCAGAAAAUCAAAGUUUUCGGAUGUAUCGUCAACAAUCUCCAAAGCUCCAGAUAAAAUCCAGUUUCGGAAUGCUGAAUCAGACUUCAGACGAGUUGUUCACCCCAGUGCGACUAGCUUCAAGCCAACAGGAACUUGCUUCAGCUGCGGAAAAAACGGACACUGGCGAAAAUACUGCCCCGAAGCUAAAAGAUAAAAGUACAUUUAAAGAUAAGUUAAUAUUUCCUUUAAUUUCGUCUAAAACAUGUAAAUCAAAAUCCAAUAAUAAAUUUGAAAGUGUAAAAGGCAAUUUAAAAAACAAAAUUCCCUUUUGGGAAUCCAUAAAAGCGAACAGAACAAUUAUAGAUAUCCUAAAACAUGGCUAUAAAAUUCCAUUUUUCUCAACCCCGGAAAAAGCGCAUUUUGAAAAUAAUAGAUCAGCUCUCAUGGAAAAAGAAUUCGUUACUGCUUCAAUAAAAGAACUGCUUGAGAGUGGAAGGAUUCGGGAAACUGCAUUCACUCCUCACGUGGUAAACCCAUUAUCCGUUUCUACUCAAGGUAAUGGUAAAAAACGCCUUAUCUUGGAUUUAAGACAUGUAAAUAAGCAUAUAUAUAAAGACAAAGUAAAAUUUGAUGACUGGAGAGUCAUGGAAGAUACUUAA